AAAGGAGGAGUGGUUAUUAGUCAAGAUGGCGGGGGCAAUGUCUGUGGCCAAGUUCUGGAGGCCGAGCCGUGGCCUGGGCCAGGCUGCCCUCCUGCUGCUGGGGCGGCCUGGGGCUCGGGGCUUAGCUAUAUCCCGCCCCAGCAGGCAGCAGCAGCAGCAGCACUUCCCAUCCCUGGACGACAAGCCCCAGUUUCCAGGGGCCUCUGCAGAGUUUGUAGACAAGCUUGAGUUCAUCCAGCCCAAUGUCAUCUCCGGCAUCCCCAUCUAUCGUGUCAUGGACCGCCAGGGCCAGAUCAUCAACCCCAGUGAAGACCCCCAUCUGCCCCAGGAGGAGGUGCUGAAGUUUUACAGGAGCAUGACGCUGCUCAACACCAUGGACCGCAUUCUCUACGAGUCCCAGCGGCAGGGCCGGAUCUCCUUCUACAUGACCAACUAUGGCGAGGAGGGGACACAUGUGGGGAGUGCCGCCGCCCUGGACCGGACGGACCUGGUGUUCGGCCAGUACCGGGAGGCAGGUGUGCUCAUGUACCGGGACUACCCUCUGGAGCUGUUCAUGGCCCAGUGCUAUGGCAACGUGAGUGACCCAGGCAAGGGGCGCCAGAUGCCCGUUCACUAUGGCUGCAAGGAGCGCCACUUCGUCACCAUCUCCUCUCCGCUGGCCACACAGAUCCCUCAGGCGGUGGGAGCAGCCUAUGCUGCCAAGCGCGCCAACGCCAACCGGAUCGUCAUCUGUUACUUUGGUGAGGGGGCAGCCAGUGAAGGGGAUGCCCACGCCGGUUUCAACUUCGCUGCCACCCUGGAGUGCCCUAUCAUCUUCUUCUGCCGCAACAACGGCUAUGCCAUCUCCACACCAACCUCCGAGCAGUACCGUGGGGAUGGCAUAGCGGCUCGGGGCCCUGGCUACGGCAUCAUGUCAAUCCGCGUGGACGGCAACGAUGUGUUCGCGGUGUACAACGCCACGAAGGAGGCCCGGCGGCGGGCUGUGGCGGAGAACCAGCCUUUCCUCAUUGAGGCCAUGACCUACAGGAUUGGGCACCACAGCACCAGCGACGACAGCUCAGCAUACCGUUCAGUGGACGAGGUCAAUUACUGGGACAAGCAGGACCACCCGAUUUCGAGGCUGAGGCAGUACCUGCUGAGCCGGGGCUGGUGGGAUGAGGAGCAGGAGAAGACCUGGCGGAAGCAGUCACGGAAGAAGGUGAUGGAGGCCUUUGAGCAGGCCGAGCGGAAGCUAAAGCCGAGCAUAAGCCUGCUCUUUUCUGACGUGUACCAGGAGAUGCCUGCCCAGCUCCGCAGGCAGCAGGAGUCACUGGCACGGCAUCUGCAGACCUAUGGGGAGCACUACCCUCUGGACCACUUUGACAAGUGAUGCCCUAGCCACCCUGGGGCAGUCCUGUGCUGAAUGGGGCAGGGUGCUGGCAAGAUUCUGCCCCUCCCUAGUCAGCGCUACUAAGAUGCUCAGUGGCCAGGGUGGCACCCCAGACUGUCGUGGGGUAACUCCCACUCCCCAUUUCUGCUCCCCCAGGCUACUU